GAAUCAGAUCGCUUCGUCUCGUCGCUCAGCCCGCCAUUUUAAAAAAAGGCUUAAAUUUUUCCUUCUUCGGUUCAACUCGCCUUAUCUCGUUUCACAUGUAACCGCGUUUCUUUUCUCAACGUUCGUUAUUUAUUCGCACGUUCAUCAAUCGUCGGCUCGCAGCGACCGCGUCAAUGACGUCCACGUCGACAAAAGUCGGUGAGAUAUUCUCAGCGGCAGGAGCGGCGUUCUCCAAGUUGGGCGAACUCACCAUGCAGCUGCACCCCGUGGCAGACACAUCGCCUUCUGGCACCAAGUGGACCGAGGAAGAGAUGAGGUUGCUGCACUCUGCCGUGAAGAGGUUUGGGGAGGACCUCAACAACAUCAGCAGAAUAAUCAAGGACAGGACUGUGGCCCAGAUUAAGUCAACGCUCAAGCGCAAGUCCUACGAGGAGACGGGGUUGCCCCUUCCCGCCGAGUCGCCCAAGAAGUCGCCCAAGAAGGCGGCCGGGGGCACCGGCUCUGUGGCGUCAGCCGCGGGGAGCGCCACAGGCUCCAGUGCACUCAGCGCCGCACACCGGCUCGCCGAGGCCGCGGGAAUCAAGAAACAGAAAACCUCAUCUGACGUGACGCUGAGCGCCCUGAACGACACGGACGCGGGGGCGGAGCUCGUGGACAUCGAAGGCCUGGGCGACUCUUCGCCCGUCAAGAAGCUCGACUUUGAGCAAGACAACAUGUCCCUGGACCCGAACCAGCUCAUCAUCAAUCCAGGAGGGAUCCUGCCUCGAUAGCCUCUCCCCUUCGUUUGUAAAAAAAAACAAAAAACACAAACCACACGCAAAAACAAAAUGUCAUUGCAAGUUGUCUUAUCAGCAUUUUUUUUUUAUCUGUAAGAAAACAAAAUACCCACCUUUAAACCGAGUUCUCACAGCGCAGAGAGUUUUACGGUUUAAGCCUGGUCAACGAUGACCACACGGUCCGUUAAGUAUUGGUUUUAUCAUUUAAUUGGGCUUAACUCAGCUCGGUAAGAACUAAACGAAAAGUGUGGUUUGAUUGCCAUGCGACAAACAACCUUUGCGGCGGGGUGGGGGGGGGGGGAAUAUAACGAGAUGUGCUACCUAAGUGUAAAUAAGAUGUUUAUCAAAUACUCAUUUUUCGCUGACACAUCUGAGCCACUCUAAUGAGGGGUGGGGGGGGGGACCCUUGCAGUAUGGGUGGAUCUCCGCCGGCUCUUUGCCAGGUAUGAGUCAAAACUAAACCUUCAAGACGCAGGCCUCCCGAAAAACAUCCGAAUCUGGCUUUGAGGUCCAAGCUGAGCCGGCUUGCACAGUGUUGCUCGUUGUGUCACAUGGCGCGUGACGUCGGUGGCAUGGCUCGGGAUCUGCAGUGGGGAAAAAAAAUACAACAGUCGUGUCACCAUGAGCCAAGGCUGGACUGGCUCGGCACGGCCCCGCCGACGUUCUGGGUGCGCAGUCGAAAAAAAAGAUGUGGACGUUGACUUAACAAGCAGCGCUGCGAUGCCCAUCCACACCCAGUGGUGUUUCGCUAGCGAAAAAAACGCGAGGACUGUUUCCGCCGCGAGGUGUAUCCGAUGGAAAUGUCUUCUGCUCGUGACUCGAAUCUCGUGGCACUGUUGUAAGCAAUGUAAUUGUGGACAAAAUUGAGGAAGAAAAGCCUUUUUUUUGCUAUUGGCACGGUGUUGCAACCGUUUUAAAAUUCCAGCGAUGACUUCACUCUCCACGCUCGGCAUCCAGAGGUUUGCGCGUGGAUUUGGACGGCGUUUGAAUCUGCGACACGUCACGCCGACUGUUCCACGGAGCUGCUGCUUGUUGCAGGCUGUGUUCGUGGCGCCGACGUGUGUGCACCUUCCACAGCGAGUUGCAGCGGCGAUCCCCGGGGGCUCCGUUAGUCACGGCUUCCCGCGCAAUGCGUUUCCAAGUUUUCAAAUUUUCGCUAAAGAUACAAAUAGAGUCGUUUUCACACACCACACUUGCCUGAUGAUUGCUAAUCGUCCCCACGGGACAGAAAGCACCGAUUUCAAAUUAAGAUCGCUCUGCGUCACCUUAAACUCGCACAGCUGACACAAGAUCUCUGCGUUUGUGCACGAGUUUGUGAUUGUUUCCUCUUCCAAUGCUGUCCCGUAUUAAUUGCUCCUUUUAUUACCAUACAGUCCAGAUUAUUUAAAUAGAAAGUAGGGGUGUGUUUUAUCUGUAGAAUGCAUUCUACGCUUGAAUGUGUCUUGUUCGAGUUCAAAAUAACCUUCCCGAUGACAUCGCUCCCAAUUUUAAAGCGGCGAGUUCAAAAUCAUCUUCUGGAAAUUCGCCGUAGUAGCCGGUUUCCCCAUAUUAUGACACUUGUUUUUUCCCCCCAGCAUCCACGUCUCUAUUUAGUAAUCUACAUCCUUGUUUCCUGGUUUUCUUUGGAUGUCAUUUAUUUGGGGGGAAAAAAAUGUGUUUACAAUGACCCCAAAAGGUGGCGUGGGGGGUGUGGGGGUUCAACUUACUUUCUGGAGUGACCGAUAAUCCGGAGAAUACAAUUACCGCUCUCCGUCUAAGAUUGUUACAUCCUUGACGGGGAGUAUGGAGGCCUCGAAACCUCUCGUAACGAUUAUUCAACGCGGGUGCAACUUUAGUCUAAAGUUCUGUUGCAAUUAUGGACUCGUCCUAUAUUGAAACACGAGGCCAAUUCAUCAAAGCAGAGGAAAAAAAAAUCAGCUUUUGAAAAUGUAUUUUCACUGACAAGUUACCCUAUAAGCUUCCCGAGUGCUUAUUAAAGUCUUCGGAAGACACUGGGUAUUGUGUAAGUGUUACAUAAUCCAGCGUAUGCACGAUUUCUUUCUCUCUAACUUUUCUGUUUUUCAACUCGGCCAUCUUGUCCCUUUCCGACCUCUGUGCUUUGUAUUUAAUGUAAAGUGUUCAUCAACGCCAUGCUUCCCUGCUUUUGUGACGAUUAAAUGCAAAUCCUCAACCUUUAUUUGAAUCGGUGCUUGCCGCAUCACGCGAGACCUGUUUUCACAGUCGCCAAGACGUGUGUGGCCUGCAACGAACGUAAAUCGCAUUUUUGAAAGGAGGUCAACUUGGAAGGGCUUGCUGUGGUUGCCCACGAGGACUUGGAGGUUGGGACACCCGGCGUCGCAUUGUUGUGUGUGCACACUGCACCGCAGUGCGAUGGAACGGACUUCGAUAACAAGGUUAUGAUAAACUUUAAACUCUGUUAAUGCCCCUUCUCGUUAUGUUGUCUCUCGUCGAUGACGUGAUCGGAAAACGUACGUGUCUAACCAGUGCGUUUUGAUUCUCUUGUAUUUAUACCAACGAUUAAACGUGAAUAUCUUCACU